AUGAAGUACAGCCUCCCUCCCCUUCCAACGACUACCGCUGACACAGCGCAGUAUCUCAAGAAAGGCAAACCCGUCGUCAUCCCUGGCUUCGGCGUCAGAAUAGAAGUACUCUUGCCACACAGCCAAAUGAAAGGCGUACUCAACCAACCUGAGGAUGUUCUCGACAUGGAGCAAGCAUUCGCUGAAGUCGAUCAAGUGCGAUGGUCGCUUGGGCACGAGAAAUAUGUCGUUGAUGCGUGGCAGGGACUUAUAGUAAAGUAUGAUCUCAAUCGUGCGAUUGAGAUUAUUGCGAAUAACAUGAAGGACGAACUUCAUGAGGUGUUUGAUGAACAGUUCGGUACAGAUACGGAGAAUUGGAGGAGGAUUGACCUUACAAAGACUGUCAAGAUGAUCGUGGCCCAGGCCGCCAGUCGCUUCACCGUUGGACUUCCACUCUGUAAGUCUACCAUCAUGUCAAUUGCUUUGGGAGUUGCUGAUGAAAUAGGUCGGAAUAAAGAGUAUCUCAAUCUUGCGCUCGAGAUGAACGACCUCUUCAUCAUGAACGCUGGUCUCACAGGCGGUCUCCCCUGUAUCUUACAGCCCAUAACCGGAACACUCUUCGGCCAAAUCGUCAAUACAAAAGUAAACAAGAUGAAGAAAUGGAUCAUACCUCUCCUCAAACAUCGCUUCGAUAGGAUCAACAAUCAUCCCGACGAACCGCAACCGCAAGACCAAGUUCAGAUGAUGAUCAACUACGCUCUGCGCCAUCGCCAGCAUGAAGUCAACGACAUGGAGUCACUAGCUCGUCGCGUCGUCGCUCAGAACUUUGGAUCAAUUCACAACACGCAGAUCCAAAUCGUUAAUCUCAUUUUGAACGUGCUGGGCUCUGAUGCAGAGUUCAAUACGAUUGCCACCCUGCGCGAUGAGAUGGAUCGUAUUCUUGGGACUGAUGACUCUGUGAACUGGACCAAAAGUGGUAUUCAAGCUAUGACGCGCGCUGAUAGUGUCGCGAGAGAGUCAAUUCGUCUGUGUUCCUUCGGCGGACGCGCAGUGUUUCGCAAAGUCAUGGUCGAUGACUUCAAGACGGAAGAUGGUCACCACGUCCCCAAGGGUUCAAUCAUCUCCUUCAUGGGCCACCCCGCACAAACCGACAACGAGUUCUACGAAGAUGGUUUAAAAUACGAUCCGUUCCGUUUUUCGAGAAUUCGCGAGACAGCAGCUAGUCGCGACGAGAAAGCACCGCCCGUUACAUUUGUCACCACAUCGCCUGAGUUCUUGACCUUUGGACAUGGGAAGCAUGCGUGCCCGGGGCGGUUCCUCAUUGACUUUGAGAUGAAGAUGAUCUUGGCGUAUGCAUUGAGAAAUUAUGAUAUCAAAUUGGCGGAUGAGUAUGAGGGGAAGAGGCCGCCGAAUUAUUGGAUUGCUGAGGCGAAUAAUCCACCGAGUGGUGUGCAGAUCAUGGUUAAGAGGAGGGAGAGGAAGUAG